AUGGCCAAGAACUCCUUUAAGUCUGAACAUCCUCUGGAAAGGAGACAAGCAGAAUCUUCUCGCAUAAGAGAGAAGUACCCUGAUAGAAUUCCAGUGAUUGUUGAGAAGGCCGAGAAGAGUGAUAUUCCUGAAAUUGAUAAAAAGAAGUACCUAGUUCCAGCUGACCUGACUGUUGGCCAGUUUGUCUAUGUCGUGCGUAAGAGGAUCAAGCUUAGUGCCGAGAAGGCAAUCUUCAUCUUUGUGAAGAAUACGCUGCCUCCCACCGCUGCUCUAAUGUCGUCCAUUUAUGAGGAAAACAAGGAUGAAGAUGGAUUCCUGUAUAUGAGUUACAGUGGUGAGAACACCUUUGGAUUCUCGAAGGUGAGAAUGCAAAUUGCACCAUCCAAUCCGGUGAUAGAAUUUGAUGGAUCUUUCUCAACUCUGGAUCCAGAACCUGAUUGUCCUUUUAGGCUUCCUAUAAAAUUAAGUGCUUCUUCAGAAUCGGACUCCAGAAUGAGAUUAGGAGUCCCUAGAAUUUUUGCCAUUUCCAGUCCAUUACGCAAUGGCCAGAGAAGAAAGGGUGAGUCUUCACGCAUGAGGGAGAGACAUCCAGAUAGAAUUCCAGUGAUUGUUGAGAAGUCACAAAAGAGUGACAUUGAGGAUAUUGAUAAAAAGAAGUUCCUUGUCCCUGGAGAUGUGUCCGUAGGCCAAUUUGUUUGUGUAAUACGUAAAAAGAUCAAGCUCUCUGCUGAGAAGGCAAUCUUUAUCUUUGUGAAGAAUACAUUGCCCCCAACCGCUGCCAUAAUGUCCGCCAUUUAUGAGGAAAACAAGGAUGAGGAUGGCUUCUUGUACCUGACGUACAGUGGAGAGAACGUGUUUGGAUUCCGCGGAGUGGUGUGA